ACAGUGAGCAGCUAAUGCAGUUGUACAGCGCCCGCCAGAGGCGGCGCCUGAACCGGGGCCUGCGGCGCAAGCAACACUCGCUUCUCAAGCGCCUGAGGAAAGCCAAGAAGGAGGCUCCACCCAUGGAGAAGCCGGAGGUGGUGAAGACGCACCUGAGGGACAUGAUCAUCCUGCCCGAGAUGGUGGGCAGCAUGGUGGGCGUGUACAACGGCAAGACCUUCAACCAGGUGGAGAUCAAACCGGAGAUGAUCGGCCACUACCUGGGCGAGUUCUCCAUCACCUACAAGCCGGUGAAGCACGGCCGGCCUGGUAUCGGGGCCACCCACUCCUCCCGCUUCAUCCCCCUCAAAUAGCCGCGGCCAAUAAAGACUCGUGUUCAGUC